UCCAUAUUCAAAAGGGAAGAAGCCCCCUAUAAAACAGCCCACAGUGGGCAACCUGGCCAGCAGCGCUGUGGGUCAGUUGUGGAGGCGUGACUAACCAACCUCAGCGCCACCAUGAACUUCACCGGCAAGUACCGACUGCAGAGCCAGGAAAACUUUGAGCCCUUCAUGAAGGCAGCCGGCGUGCCUGAGGACGUCAUCCAGAAGAUGAAGAACGCGGAGGGGACGUCGGAAAUUGUGCAGAACGGGAAGCACUUCAAGCUCAUCAUCUCCACCGGCUCCAAAGUGAUGCAGAACGAGUUCACCUUGGGGGAGGAGUGUGAGCUGGACACCGUGCUGGGGAAGGUCAAGGCCGUGGUGAACCUGGAAGGUGAGAACAAACUGGUGACGACAUUCAAAAACAUGAAAUCCGUGACCGAACUCAACGGCGACACCAUCACUAACACCAUGACAAUUGGUGACAUUGUCUUCAAGCGAAUCAGCAAGCGGAUUUAGACAAUCUACAGUUCAUAUUUUUGCUAUGUAAAAUUGCUGUAAUAAAGUGGACUUUGUUAAAAA